UCGCAAGGGGAGGAAACCACGUGAUCCCAUCAGCAAGCUUGCUCCAGUUGUUCUCGAGCUCGCGCUGUGUGUCAUUAGCGAGAGCCGCCAUGGCAUUCGUAACGCGCCAGUUCAUCAGGAGUCUCUCGUCCUCUGCUGCAAUUAAACAUGUCACUAUUAUCGGAGGCGGGCUGAUGGGGGCUGGCAUCGCACAGGUUGCUGCAUCCACAGGACAUUCAGUGGUGCUGGUGGACACAUCUGAGGACAUACUGAAGAAAUCUGCAAAGGGUAUUGAGUCUAGUCUGAAGAGAGUGGCGAAGAAGAAGUUUGCAGAAAAACCUGAGGAUGGAGAGGCGUUCAUUCAGAAAGUCCUGAAGAACAUCUCUACAAGCACAGACGCUGCGUCUGUAGUUCAGGGCACUGAUCUUGUGGUGGAUGCUAUUGUGGAAAACCUCAAAGUCAAACAAGAUCUGUUUGGAGCUCUGGACAAAGCAGCCCCAGAACACACUAUCUUCGCUAGCAACACGUCCUCUCUGUCAAUCGCAGACAUCGCCAGCUCCACGGCCAGAUUAGAUCGCUUUGGUGGUCUGCAUUUUUUUAACCCCGUCCCAAUGAUGAAGCUGGUGGAGGUGAUUAAAGCUCCAGGAACAAGCCAACAGACUUUUGAUGCUCUCCUUGAGUUCAGCAAAGCUUUAGGGAAGCAUCCAGUCUCAUGCAAAGACACUCCAGGUUUUAUAGUGAAUCGACUGCUGGUUCCUUACAUGCUCGAGGCUGUUCGACUACACGAGAGAGGUCACGGUUCUAAGGAAGACAUAGAUGUGGCCAUGAAGCUUGGGGCCGGUUAUCCUAUGGGUCCGUUUGAGCUCCUGGACUAUGUUGGAUUGGACACUUCCAAGUUUAUUAUUGACGGUUGGCAUGAGAAGGACCCCGAUAACCCCCUGUUUGCCCCCAGUCCCCUGCUCAACAAACUAGUAGCAGAGGGAAAACUGGGCAAGAAAACUGGUGAGGGAUUCUACAAACACAAGUAACACAAGUGAAGAUUAAAUCCGACAACAGAAGUCUUGUCAACCAAAUGCACUGGACUGAGCUACUCGUCCUGAAAAGACUGUUUGAUUGUGAAUUUCAUAAAUGUGUCGAGGUUAAGAAAGUGAUUAGAUGCACUGCUUGUCACAAGGAAGACCUGUAUGAAAUACUGGACCUCAAGCAAUCAGUCAAGACAUAAAAGGUCUAAAAGAUAGGAAUAUUGACCACUACAUCUAGUGCCUUGCUGUAAUUGGUUAAAAACUCACGUUCAUUAAUUCUGAAUGUCUACAUUAAAAGGUUUGAAAAUGUC